UACGCUCCUUCGCGGUCUUUUCCCUUACCUACUCCGGUUCUCAUCAUGAACUGCGGUCCGUUCUACAUUCACACUACGAGAUCAACUGGCGCUUCCUAAAACAUUGUCGCGGUAGGAGCAUGUCUCUGCCGGGACCAAAUGUCCGUAUCAGCAUCGAUUCCCGACACUUCGCUUGGCCUUACCUCCUCCGAGAUCCAGAUCCUAAGACAGCAACAACAAAUUGCACUUCAAGGCAGCCAUGGCGCCAAUGGUAUUUCCAGAGGCAGGGGAACCGGACGCACCAGCAAUUCCAGUUCGCGCGCCGCCAGUGCCGCCAGCAGUCAGGGCCGUUUGCUUCUGGACCCUCUAAGUUUACGAGCGCUUUCGCAGCAGUUGGAUGCCCUACAGCAACAAAUUCGGAGUCGCAUUGACUAUCUCGAGGAACAAAUGCAGCUAUCGAUUCAAAACAGCUACGAUCGUGCUGGAAAUGUUGUACGCAAUGCCGAUGCUGAAAUCGCCCGCACACGUUCCAUUCUAGCCUCCAUAGAUGAGCUGGAUACCGAGCUUGCCAAGAUCGGUCACAUACGAGAAAUUGUGAAAGCAUACCGUGGCCGCAUAGAAGGUCUUGACCAACGCCUGGACCAAGCUGCCCGUCGGAGGCAUUGAGACACGCCAACCUACCCUAUUCGCUUCAAUUAGUACCGUCUUCUUCCACAACCUGGUCUAUUCAUCACCGCGUUUCGCCUAUGGCGCCCAUUUGUCAUCAUUCCCUUCGUCAACUCUAUUUCCUUUCCAUGCGGCCGCGGGACAGUCAUUUUUCCACCAUGCUCCCUCCUCUAAUCCUUUGCGCUUCAAUAUUCACGGGAUAAAUCCUUCAGUUGCCGCAAACAUCCUGGGCAAUCUUGCCAAGAAGCCUCUCGAACAUGAAGAAGCUCAAAUGAAAGCCCGGAAACAGUGGCAUCUGAACUCUUUACUGCCCACCUUCGAGCACCGCCACAAAAAAACUGCAAAUCAUAAAGCGAUAUUGUCCUCACGGACUCAAUGACAUGACUUUACAACUCUGCACGAUUAGCACAGCGUUCUAUAUGCUUACUUUGAUUCCAAUCAUGGUUGAACCAUGAGUCUAUGGGAGGAAUUUGUUUCUCUUUUGGUUACGUA